CAGUCGGAGUGUCCGGUUCGGUCGAGACCACGCUCACAUGCACAUGCCAAAUCACGAAACACGCCUACCUCUCUACAGCCAGCCAGCCAACCAGCUGGGCAGUCAUCAGAUCACCACACCUCCUCCUCCACCACCGACCCUACCAGCCGAUAAUACCGAGACAACAAAUCAUACUUGUGAAUAAAAUACCCGUGCAAUAAUAAAGUCCCUUCUCUUCCCUUCUCUACAUACUCUACUCUUACGACUCCUGUUCCUGUUCCUGUUCCUGCAUUCUUCCAACUGCCCCCGUACCUGAGCUCAGCUUCAAUCAAUCGAACGACUUCAACACCAUGUCUGACAACGUCCUCCACGCAGUAGCCGGCGCCGGCGGCGGCGUCCUGUCCAUGGUCCUGACGUACCCACUAAUCACGCUCUCCACCCGCUCGCAAGUCGAGUCCAAGCGAGCACAGACCACCGUCCUCGACGCAACACGUCACAUAAUCCAGCGCGAGGGCUUCAGCGGCCUCUACGCCGGGCUCGACUCCGCCGUCUUCGGGAUCUCGGUCACGAACUUCGUAUACUACUACUGGUACGAAUGGUCUCGCGCAGCGUUCGAGAACGCCGCCGUGAAGGCCGGUCGCAGCCGGAAGCUAUCGACAGUGGAGUCGAUGAUCGCCGGUGCGGUUGCUGGGUCCGCGACCGUUCUGAUCACGAACCCGAUCUGGGUAGUGAACACACGUAUGACGGCGCGCAAGCGGGGAGCUCCCCCGCCCUCUCCGAGCCUCAAGCCUACACUGGCAGAGCCAACGCCACGGCCCGCGGCGCCCACGACCAUUGGCGAAGUCAAAGCGCUGCUGAAGGAGGGCGGCAUCGGCGCGUUCUUUGCCGGCGUCAUGCCCGCGCUCGUGCUCGUCAUCAAUCCCAUCCUGCAAUACACGAUCUUCGAACAGCUCAAGAACCUGCUCGAGCGCCGGCGCAAGCGUAGCGUCACACCCACGGACGCGUUCUGGCUCGGCGCGCUGGGGAAGCUCGUCGCUACCGGGCUGACGUACCCCUACAUCACUGUCAAGGCCCGCAUGCACGUCGCGGGCAAGAAUGAGCACGUAUCGGUGCUCACGGCGCUGAGGAAAAUCGUUAAGGAGGAGGGAUGGAGCGGCCUCUAUGGUGGCAUCGCCCCGAAACUCGUACAGAGCGUUAUUACCGCUGCGUUUUUGUUCGCGUUUAAGGACGCCCUGUUUAAGGUCGCCCAGGCGACGCUGAGGAAUCGCCGCGCCCAGGCGGCAAAGCUGUUGCUGCUGAAGAAGUAGAUAGAGUACGUGUGUGCCGUGGAGGGUGUAGGAUAAGGUGCUUUGUUUUUAUCUUCUCGCCGUUAAAAUUGGUCUGCUUUUGGAAUGGUCUUCUUGUUUUGUCUUGUCUUGACUUGACUUGACUCUCGAGCAAGUGAGUGAGUGAGUGAAUGCGGGUUGUAUUCCAAGCCUACGACUACAUACUACAUAUGUGACGAAUUGAUGAGAUACCUACACAAACCGUUAUUGCUGCACAUAUGUAAGUGGGUGUCGCCGGCGAUGGUGCAGCCUUGCAGGGGCCGAUACCGAGG